AUGUUGUAUGCGAAUGGUUUUGCACCUUCUUGCCCUGCUCAGCUCCUGAUCGGCCUCUUCACCCUAGGAGCCGCACAGGAAGCCCUGCACCCGGAGCCAUCAGACCUCGCCGCAUCGCUGCGCUCGACCCUCCUUCAGGACACCUUCCAGGAGCUGUCAAAUGCCGGCGCGAAACACAAGGAUUCCGUCCCUGAAAACAUUGUGCAGGCUGUUCCGCACGAGAGCAUAGAGCUGAAUACCGCGCUGAAGGAUAUCAAGCAGGUCGGUCAGCAUCUGCCAAGCACUGCCUUUGGCGAAGGGCCGGGACGGCCCGUGGCCUCCGCUGUUACUGCUCGAGCAAGCACAGGCUCUUCCCUGCCGCCUAGUACAGCACCAACAUCGUUUGCCAGCUUCUGGAUGGGUGAAGCUGAAAGAGGCUAUGGCAUGUCCAGUCACUUUUCCAAGUUGGCAGUGCCGAAGCAGGCGACCUCCGCCUCAGCCUCAGCCACCUCCGCCUUCCUGCAAAAAAAUGAGCCUCGCGACUUUACCCGGGCACCGACAGCCGAUCUGGAGGAGGUCUCCAUCUCCGAGCCCUUCCGGGCACUGGAGCAGGAGGAUCUUCGCGAAGUCCAGCGCCUGAAGGGCCUGGACCGGCGCCUCCGCCAGCGCGCCGCCCAGCGCGCUCCAGCGAAGCCACCGCAGCACGCAUUUCAGGGCAGCGACGCCUCCACAUGGGCCGCCCUGGAGGAGGAGGACGCAGGCAUUGAAUCAGCAUUGGUCGAUCUCGACGACCCUCGACGACCUCUGGAUUUGCGACGCUACCAGGAGUUGAAUGCAUUGCAGGAUCGCUCCAUGUCACAUACACCCUCAAAGACUACCAGGACAACCUUGAAAUGCCCCAACCAUAGUGCAAAGUCUGCCCCAAAGCAAAUCCCCGCCGGUGAGAGUGAGAGCGUCUGUGACGGCGGCACGGAGGGCGAGGAAGGCACGAAAUUCCUUUGCCCAGCUGGCAACAGGCUGCCAUGCGUGUCGAUGGUUGUGGGCACUCGGCUCUGCGCUUGCGCUGGGUCCGACUCCGGCGAGCGCCGUGCUGGACGUCCUUACAGGGCUCUCGAUGCCACGCGGCCUUGCUUUGGACCUCCGAGAGCGGCGAAUGUACUGGACCGAGGCAAGAACGGGAAAAGUAAGAGGGCUUUUUGUUUACGUGGGCCGGCUCCGACUCGCCCUUUGCAGGGUGGCACGCAGAAGCUGCGGAGCGCCACUCUCGAUGGCCAGGAGCUAGACAACCACACCUGUCCCGUUCGAUUUUUCUCUACUCCCGCUCGGCAGGACCUUCGAGACGUGGUAGUGAAGAGUGAGGUGCAAGAGGCGCCCCGCGAUGUGGCCGUGGAUGCCGAACAGCGGAAGGUCUACUGGACAGCCCUCUGCUGUGGGCUCCGUCGUGCAGACCUCAACGGUGAGAACGAGGAGGUAGUUGCCAGUGCAGAGUUCGCCAGCGGUGUCACCGUGAACAAGGACGUCCUGUACUGGGCCGACUGGAUGAACGGGCGCAUUCUGCGAAGGAGCCCCUCUGGACUGGAGGAGCCCAUUGUGACAGGGCUGGCCUCGCCAGUCGAUGUAGCUCUCGAUGCUGGCAGCGGCAUGAUCUACUGGUCGGAUGUGGGCCACGCCCGGACACAGCGGGCGCUUCUGGAUGGGCGCGGCAUCCAGGCGCUGAACAUGAGCUGGGCCAUCAUGAACACUUACGGCAUGGCCAUCGAUGCCUCUGACAGGAAACUUUACAUGACCGACUUCGAGAAAACUGGCGACUUUACAGGGAGUGCCUCUGACUAUGCAGGCCGCAUUAUCCGCACCAACUUGGACGGGAGUGAUGCCGAGGUAUUGGUCAGUGAACCGGGCAUGAGCAUGCCCUACGGCGUGGCCGUGGACCCGGAAUAUGCCCAGGUCUACUGGACCGACCGAAAGGCUGGCCGAAUACAGCGGCUGACGCUGAAAUGCCCAGCAGGCGUCCUGGAGGUGGCAAGCCGCAUGAACAGCAGUAACAUCAAGGUGGCACACGGCACAGCGGACCAUGGCAGUUCCAUCCAGGUGCCGUGUCCGGAGGGCUACAAUGGAUCAAUGACGUUGGCCUGCAACAACAACAAGUUCUCUCUGAAUGCUGGGAAAUGCGGAAAGCAUUGUGCUGCAGGUUCCGCAGCAUUGGAACUGGACGGCAGCACUUUCGCCCUUGAUCACCCCAGCCUCGAUGAUCGCGAGGUGCUGAUGAGUACCUGCCCUGGGCACCUUGUGGGCACGGCCGAGUUCAUCUGUCAGGAUGGAAAGACACUGCUCAGCAAUGCUGGUUGUCGCCGGGCGCACUCCUGCCCCGCAGGUCAGUUUCUUCUGGGCCAUGCGCUUGUGCAGCAUUCCGCCAUGGACCACGGCAUCAUGGAGCCCAGCUCUUGCCCAGACGGCUUUGAGGGCCAGUAUUUCCUGCAAUGCCAGGAUGGUACAGUGGUGCAGAAGCAUGGGGAGUUCUCCUGUCGCGCCACUUGCGACACAGCUGGCAGCCUUUGGGUCGACGACGGCGCGGUGGAGGUAUCCCAUGGAAAGAUGAUAGAGGGGGGCACGGUGAAGGUGGUGUGCCCCAAGGGCUCUGCAGGCCAAGGGGUGUACCUCUCCUGCGAAGGUGGGUACAUCAACGUCACGGAAAGCACUUGCCAGCGCUCCUCCUUUUGCCCGGCUGGCGUUGUGACGUCGGGCAGCGCAGAGGUUCCCUAUGACAACCUGGACGACAAAGAGCUCCUCAUCCUCGCUUGUCCAGAUGGCUUUUCUGGGUCUUUGAACGUCGUGUGCCACAAAGGUGAAGUGGAAGUGGAGCGAGGUAGCUGCAGACAAGGAUGUGAGCCCGGCCUCGUGGCAUUGGUCCAAGACCCCCUUGUUGGGGAUCUCGCAGAGCCCGAAGUUCUCAACAUCGCGCAUGGCUCUCUAGCAGACGGCGAGCUGGUGCGGUUGGACUGUCCCGACGGCCGUGGUCUCGGUUGUCUCACGAUUGGCAGCCAUACCCUACUAGAGAAAGCAAGAGACACAGAGAGAGAGAGAGAGAGAGUGUUUUCAAGCUUCGUUUAG